AUGGAAGAGCUUUUGGAGCACGAAAUCCAGUGGAGAUAUUUAAUCAACUUGUGCGGCGAGGAUUUCCCGCUGAAAACAAACUCUGAAAUCGUCGAUCACCUCAAGUCGAUUUAUCCAAAAAACUCGAUCAACCAAUAUCCGAUGCCGGAGAACAAACUCAAGCGCUACAAAUAUCACUGGUCAAUCAGAAGACAGUUUUUUCACGAAUACAAGUACGUCCCGCAAAUUACUUUUUGGCGAAAAUCCCCGCCGCCGAACAAUGUGCAAAUCUUUGGCGGACUCGCGUACUUGAUGGUGACAAGGGAGUUUGUAAGUUGGAUGAUGGAGGAUGAAGAAGUGAAGCAGCUGAUUGAGUGGUCCAAAGAUACGUUUUCGCCGGAUGAAUUUGUCUGGGCUUCGAUUGUUGCGAUGGAACGCGCCCCAGGCGGAAGAACGGGAAAUUCAAAGGAAUGGUCUCGUCUUAUUUUAUGGACAAAUGGAGGAUCGCUCCCUCAGUGUCAAGGACACGCCCGGCGCGGAGUUUGCGUUUUUGGAAGUGGCGAUCUUGCUUGGAUCACAAGUCGGCCUCACAUGUUUGCAAACAAGUUUGAUGAUCAGGAUGAUUUUGCGAUUCAAUGCUUGGAAGAAGAAUUGAAAAGGAGAAACGAUGAUCGCGAACUGGUGAAAAACAGCUAG